AUUACUCUUGUGGCUUUGGUGGCCGUUACGGGGUGGAGAAGGAUAAACAGGACAAGGCUGCACUGGGAUAUGACUACAAGGGAGAGACGGAGAAACACGAGUCCCAGAGAGAUUAUGCCAAGGGCUUUGGUGGACAGUAUGGAAUCCAGAAGGACCGAGUGGAUAAGAGCGCUGUAGGCUUCAAUGAAAUGGAGGCCCCAACCACAGCUUAUAAGAAGACGAUGCCCACAGAAGCUUCUUCUAGUGGUGCCCGUGGGCUGAAGGCAAAGUUUGAGUCCAUGGCUGAGGAGAAGAGGAAGCAGGAGGAAGAGGAGAAGGCUCAGCAGAUGGCCAGGCGGCAACAGGAGCGAAAGGCAGUGGUAAAGAUGAGCCACAAGGCUCAGCAGCCGGCAGUGACUGUGGAAGAGCCAGUGGUGCCUGCCCCACUGCCCAAGAAAGUCUCCUCAGAG